AUGAUAAACUCACCCCGGGCUCCCCGGCUGCGAAGGAGUGGCGGACACGAAUAUGUUCCGUCCCCACUGAGGCCAUCGCCGAUGGGUACAAAGAUCCCCCUCAACGACGAUGUUGCGGAAAAGGCCAAACGCCUCAAAAGGCGCACCCUUCUCCGUGGCCUUCAAGCAAACGAGAUCGUUGCGGCAGCAUCCCCAGCAAGGCGACAAACAAUAGGCUCCGCGGAUGAUCCAACUACUCCUCGAAACCUUGCUACCUUGAGAGGUGGAGUUGCUGGUGAGGGUCCGAUAGACGCGGUCACACCCUUGCGCAAGGUUCCCAUACUGGCAAACUUUGAGGAAUGGAUGAAAUUGGCUACGGAUAAUGUUAGUAUACCUGCGCUGAGAUGUAGGUUUUCUCGCUCGGUUCGGUCGGGCUAACUGGAGUUAUCUGGCUGUAGAAAAUCAACGCCACCAAUUCGUGGAAUUUUGCUUUGAUCGACUACUUCUACGACAUGUCGCUUCUGAAGGAGGGAGAAGGCAUCAACUUUCAGAAAGCAAGCUGCACUUUGGAUGGCUGUGUCAAGAUCUACACCAACAGGGUUGAUUCAGUUGCAACAGAGACUGGCAAAUUAUUGAGUGGCUUGGCGGAUAGUAACUCCAAGAGGAAAGAUCGGGAUGGCGAGGAAGGGGAAGGAAGCGAUGAUGAAGCCGGCGAGGAUGGAGAGGAUGGCGAAGGAUCAAAGAGGCGGAAACGCAAGGUAUCUUGGACAAACCGAAGCCAUUGGUCCGUCAGUUCGCUUACGUACCACUAGGCUCAAAGAUCUUCGGAAGCCACCCUAGCUAAGGACUUCGCCUCCCUACAAAUCAAGAAACACGACCUUGAGCUGAAUGUUGACCCUCUGUUCAAGAAAGCCACUGCAGACUUCGACGAAGGGGGUGCUAAAGGUCUACUCCUGAACAACCUCUCGAUCGACUCCUCCGGAAGGAUUGUCUUUGAUAGCAGUGACGACAGUAGCCAUGCAGAUCCCGCAGACAAAGAAGACGAUGGCAUCAAGAAGGAGGAGGAGGAGGAGGAGGAGGAGGAGGAGGAGGAGCCCAAGGAACCAGGGCCAGUAGAGGAAGACAGGGUCGAGAUCGACUUUAAUGCCCUUCGCAACAAGUUCUUUCCCAAUCUCAAUAUUUUGGAUCAACAAGAUAUCUGCCCCUCUCUCAAAAACUUCGAUCUCGGUGACCCUGCAGGUUCGUUGGAUAUUCCCUUCCUGAAGGCAUUGGAAGAACGCGGCGAUGAUGGCGACAUUCUUGCGAGCGACAUCGAAGGACCAGACGGGCCAAUAGGUGAUGGAGACUUGACAGAGAGGCCAGAUAUGGCUUUUGGUUUUGACGCUGGCUUUGGUAUCGGCGAUGAUGAUGAUGGAGAUAUGGGCUUCGGGGAAGGAGGCGAAAUAUGGGCCAAUGAGACCAUCGUAGAUGCUGCUCAGCGAUUCAUGAGCCCUGCAAAACGGCCUCUAUUGGGCCUUGGAGGCGAAGGCGACGAGGAUGAGGACACAAAGGAUUUUACAGUGGGUUUCGGGGGAGGGGGAGAUGAUAUCUUAAGCUACUUUGACGAAACUCUGAAAAAGAACUGGGCUGGGCCCGAGCACUGGAGAAUCCGGAAACUGAAAGGUUUGCAGAAAAUUCCCUGCUACUUGUCUGGACCAGUAAUAUGUAAACUAACAUUAAAAGCGAAAACCAGACAACUCCAAACCUGUCAAUGCGCCCGUCCGUCAAAGGAAAGAGAAAGAAUCAUUCCUAAUAGACUUCAUGAACCCCGGGGCCGAAGUAACAGAUGACGUUGUCCGCCCAAAGAAGGGAACCGCAAGCAUAAACAUGCCCAAGAAGGACUGGAAAAGCAAGUCCCGAAACCUCCUCCCGGAUGACAAGCACUUCAACUCUACACAGCUCAAAAAGCUCUUCCUGAAACCCAAAGCCGUGCUAUAUGCCACCAAAAGCAGUAAAGCCACUGGCGGCGGCAAAACAGUUGAAGACCGUCCAGAAGACAUGGACGAAGAAUUUUGGGCAGGGGAAGAUAUGGCUAAAAAUAUACAAGCUUCUUCAAGUAUACCCCCUCUUUCUCCCACCCCCUUCUCCUGCUUCCAACCAAACUAACUUUCCCUCUAGCACCCGACCCCAAAGUCUCCGGCAACUACGAUGCCAACUUCUUCAGCGACGAAGGUCUCGGCAUCCCAGGGCCAGCAGACGACGACGACGACGACUUCGCCGACGCCCGGGAAGUCUUCUCACCGCCCCCGGACACUCUCCCCCCGGGCGCCCAAAACCCCAUAGCCCCCGACCCCUCCCCACUCAACGCCCUGCUCGCCGGCGGCGGCGGUGGCGGUGGCGCAGCCCAAGGCGUGGAGUUUGGCAACCAGCUCGUAACCUCUAGCCGUCGCGUCCGUCCAGAAUACGUACAAUACGCAAAAAUCGCGAAAAAGGUGGACGUGCGCAAGCUGAAAGAGAAACUCUGGGACGGGCUAUCAUUCAGCGACACAAAAAAGGAGGAGCAGCUGGAUGCAGGGGGGGAGAAUGCGGUGAAGGAUGAAGAAGAAAUGGAAGACGUCAAGGUGGAGGAGCGCAAGUUCACGCGGAUCAUGAACGGACUGCAGGAGGUUUACCCGCAGAAAGCCAUGGCGGAUAUUUCCACCUCUUAUUGCUUCAUUUGUCUGCUGCACUUGGCGAACGAGAAGGGGCUUGUGAUUGAAGGGAAUGAGACGCUGUCCGAGUUGAGUAUCCGGAGGGAUAUGACGGCGGAGGGGAUGGAUGAGUAUUAG